CUUGAACAGCAAUGGCGGAAGCAACAAAGCUAAGUGGAAGUGACGCUCCUCCCAAAGAACCUACUGAAAUGUCCAGUUACAGGGACUGCGUGGAUGUGAUGCUGAGGCUCCUUUCAGACUUUGGAAAACAGAUGAAGCUCCAAUUAGGAGAUACUGCUUUGAGAAUAGAAGUCAACCAUGGCGCUGUGAAUCUGUCAUCAUCUUCAGAAGCUCUUCUUCACGGCUCUUUGCAGGAGCAUAUUGCUAAAUUACAGGCUGUUUCAGAAAGCCUGAGGUCGCUCAUGGAGUCUGAGGAUGUUGCUUCUGUGAAAGAAAGCACGUCGGACAAAUCUGUCGCGUCACCCUCGCCCAAGGAGCAGACAGCUGCGUCGUCAGAGCUCCAGCGGCCCGGCUCCGAGGCUGCGGAGAGCAAGACUGAUGACGUCAUGGUCCAGAUCCGAGCCGGAAAGUCAGAGAUUGAGCGGAGAAUAUCUGCAUUUAUGGAACGCAAGCAGAUGGAGAUCAAUGAAAACAAUGUGCGCGAGUUUUGCAACGUGAUCGACUGCAAUCAGGAAAACAGCUGUGCGAGGACAGAUGCAGUCUUUACGCCAUACCCGGGUUUUAAAAGCCACGUAAAAGUCACACGAGUAGUAAACACUUACGGGCCCCAGACUCGUAGCGCCGGGGGAGAUGCUGGGGAGCCUCAGAAGGGGCCAACAACCCGAGACUGUGGAAAUGCAGCCAUAGAGGAGCGGCUUCAAAACAUCGAGGCUCAUCUCAAACUCCCAUCAGUGGGGCCAGUCCCUUUGAAUGUUUACCAGAGGCUGAAGAAGAUGGAAGAUCGCAUCCUAGAGUUAGAAGGACUCUCUCCUGAGUACUUUCAGUCCACUAGUCAUCUCCACAAGCGGCCUAAGACGUCCACCGCUCAGGCCUGCACUCUCACAGAGCUGGAUGAGAAGAUUAGCGCGGUGAAAGCGGCGCUCCUCAAGAGGGUUUCUGAGUUUGGGCCGGGAUACGGGACCGAUUGUCCACUCUGAUGCAUGUCUAAGCACAAUAAAACCAGUCAAGAAUUCAA